AUGCCAUUUGGUUUGUGGCAAGCAUGGGAACCACAGUGUCUCCUUACUUGUUGCCUUUACGUCAAGCAUGAGUUGGGCCACACCAAGUGUGUGGGACCUCAAGUGGUUCUUUUUAUGGGUCUGGCAUUAGGCAUGGUGAGCCUCAUUGGGCACCAUCCCAAGGUUAUGCAAGGAUGUUUAUGUGUAGUUUUGAGGAGUUUUGUGUGGAACUCUGGCACGGCGGGCCGCGGCGCCACCUCAGCAACCCUUGAAGAGAGUGGCAAUUUGGUAAUUUGGAAGGGCACGGGUACCCUCUGGUCAAGCUUUGACCAUCCCACCGAUACCCUUUUGCCUUCUCAGAAUUUCACUGUUGGUAAGUCUCUCACAUCCCAAAGUUACUCUUUUAGUCUUCUUGCAAAUGGGAAUUUGAUCCUAAAGUGGAACAAUAGCAUAGUGUAUUGGAACCACCAGGGUUUCAAUUCUUAUGUGAAUGCGAGUUUGGAUUCCCCCGUGUUGGCGUUGUCAUCGAUUGGUUUCUUGCAGCUUUCUGAUGUGAAUUUGAGUACUCCUGUUGUUAUUGCUUAUAGUAGUGACUAUGUUGAGGGGAACAGUGAUGUGUUGAGGGUGUUGAAGUUGGAUAAUGAUGGCAAUUUGAGGAUUUAUAGCACUAAUAAGGGUAGUGGAAGUUCUAAUGUUAGAUGGACUGCUAUUCAGGAUCAAUGUGAGGUUUAUGCUUACUGUGGGAACUAUGGUGUGUGUAGUUACAAUGAUUCGAGCCCGGUUUGCGGGUGCCCUUCAGAGAAUUUUGACAUGGUUGAUCGAAAUGAUGCUCGGAAAGGGUGCAGGAGGAAGGUCAGUCUCGACAGUUGUCAAGGGAGUGCGACUAUGUUGACAUUGGAUAAUGCUGUGAUCUUGAGUUAUGCCCCUGAGGCUGCUUCGCAAUUGUUUUUCAUAGGGAUAUCGGCAUGUAGAGGGAAUUGUCUUUCAAGUACUGGAGACUGUUAUGCUUCUACUUCCUUGUCAGAUGGAUCGGGGCAAUGUUUGCUAAUAUCAAAAGAUUUUGUUAGUUUUUAUCAUAAUCUUUCAAUGCCUAGCAUUUCAUAUGUCAAGGUUUGUCCGCCGCUGGCGCCGAAUCCACUGCAGGCGUUGAAUCCACCGCCCUCUUUGGGGGAGACUGGGAUGGAAAAGAGGUCCAAGUUGCGUGCUUGGGUUGUGGUGGUUGUUGUUUUGGGUGCCAUUUUGGGUUUGAUUGCAUUGCAAGGUUGUUUGUGGGUGUGGUUUUGUAGGAACAGACUGAGGUUUGGAGGGUUGUCUUCUCAUGAUACGCUUUUUGAGUAUGCUUCUGGUGCGCCGAUGCAGUUUUUGUACAAGGAGCUCCAAAAGGCAACAAAGGGGUUCAAGAAGAAGCUUGGAGCUGGGGGAUUUGGUGCUGUGUAUAGAGGCACUCUUGUUAACAAAACUGUUGUUGCUGUGAAGCAACUUGAGGGCAUUGAGCAAGGUGAGAAGCAAUUUAGGAUGGAGGUUGCCACUAUAGGUAGCACUCAUCAUCUCAAUUUGGUGAGGCUUAUUGGCUUUUGCUCAGAAGGGCGCCACCGGCUUCUAGUUUUUGAGUUUUUGAAAAAUGUAGUGAUGGUUGGGGGUAGAAAUAAUUGUGCAAUCGAUGAUGCUUUACAAGCGAUGGCUCAGACUCUUGGUACUAUCAACCAAUUACUAGAGAUAGAUUGGCUGAAGAGAUUCCAGCAAAAGAAUUCGCUAAGCUUUUGUGGGGGCUAUAAUUCUGACAGAGAUGUUGGCUGGAUUUUCAAGGUUGAAAAGAUAUUCCAAGCUUUGGGAUGUCCUUUGGUGCAAAAGGUGACUUUGGCGGCCUUCAUGCUUUCUGAAAGGUUGGAAUUUUGUUGCAGGGUGCCUUGUAGAGGAUGA